CGGAACACUCAUGGACCGGUGAGUUUGACUGCCUCCGCCCAUCUGCUUUCUUCGCUUCCGACCCCGCAACCCCCAAUCAGCGCCACAAACCAGCCCUCAUCGUCAGUUCUGGCGUCCAUGGGCAGUUUGGUACAUGAUGGAGUCGGCGAGCCUCGGAGCUCGGCGGCCAACCUCAUCGUAGAUCUCGCGGGACUCCCCGAUGGUCAGGCCACUUGUUUAGGUGCCAUCAUCGACCUGACGGGCGAGUCCGAGACCACAGCCCAAGAACGGCCAAGUUCCACCAGCGUGGACAUUGACAAUGAUGGACAUUGACAAUGAACAAUUGACACAGAUUCAAGACGACUGGGAGGUGGCUCAACAGUUGCGAGAUGAGUUUUAUUGUGACGACACGGAUUUGAUGGAAACGGACUCCGUUGACAUUGCUUUUGUUCAGUCCGACGGAAUAGCCGACUACUGGCGACACCUACGAUCCGUACGAUGCAAGAACUGCCAGAAACCCCUCAAGAUCGAUGCCACCGACCUCGUCAAGCGAACGAAACAAAUGCUCAAGGAAGCCCAUGUCCUCCACCCCUGCUUUUUCUGCCCGCACUGCAGUGGAUGGUGUUGUGUCGGAUGUGAUUUAUUCCAUGCCACCGCCUUGAUGUCGACGCAGAAGCAUGUUGCCUCGGCAAGAACCUUCAAGUCCACCUGGUGCUGCGACAAAGGACGCUUGUUUCUCAUUUUCUGCCUCUUAUGCGGCGUUGACCCUCCUGCCAGUCAACUUACCAGUCAACCCUCACCGGCGCCGAAGAAAGUCAAAUAUGCACGUUCAACGUCGCAACCGUCGUCAUCGAAAAAGGCAAGACGCGAAGGCUUCAGGAAAUCGAAGCUUCCCAAGGGGAUCGGAUACGGCGACGGCUCUAUCAGCGGGCAGCCGGCACGUGGAUCACUUCAGCCGACGGGCAGCGACAACAUAGAAGACCUAGAACUAUACUUUCAGGGGCUCGCGUCCCUCUUGCCUUCCCCUACCAAGGGGACCACCGAGUUUGACAGUCUUCCUCAACCCUUAGUCUCGGCAAUGGUUUGGAGGAGUCCCGUGUUGCAACAUGCCUCCGAGAUUCUUCGACAAGCUGCAAUCGAGGAGAUUAACGCUCGGUACGGUCCCGUCACAGCGGUCCUCGAUUUUCUGGAAACAGCUGGAAGUCAUCCCGACACACAGCCCGCUCUGGUUCAGCCAAGAAUCCUCUUUCCGCCGUCAGAACAGCUAAUCAGCGUUGCGCUAGAGCAACAGAACGAGGCUGGAGCCGAGGACCACGAGACGACACAGUCACUGGCCGCCACUGUAGAGAAUCUGGCGGUUUCUUGUCGCAGAUUCAUGGACAACUCCACAAGACUCAGCAACCCCCAAGACGAAGAGGGGGCAAGGCUGUUGGCGGUAGUGCAGAAGAUAUGCACUAUCGCCAGUUGGCUUGGAUCGUGCCAUGGAGACCUGGCAGUCGUGGGGAGCCAAGAGAUUUGCCAACCCUCGACGUCGUCAGCGGGCCAAAGCAGCCACUCAACCACUAGAGUCGCGACGAGUGUAGGACUCCAAGACGUCUGCACAGCAUCCAAGUGGCAUCGCACAAACUGUGUCAAGGAAGUGCCGGACGAGACGAUAUUGAAGGAUUUCCACUACAGAAGCGCCGCCUUGGCAGCGGCGGAUUCGAGACCAGCGCCACAACGGAUGAGGAAGCUUCUUGCUCAGGUCUCUUCUCUGAGCACUGACCUCCCUGAUGGUAUCUACGUCCGACACGGGGAAAGCCGCUUGGAUGUGUUGAAGGUCCUGAUCGUGGGGCCGGUGGACACACCUUACGAGCACGGUCUCUUCGAGUUCGAUAUGUUUUGUCCUAGUGAGUUCCCUCAGAGCUCGCCUCGAAUGUUCUUUCGGACAACUGGAGGUGGGACUGUUACUUUCAACCCGAACUUGUAUUCGAAUGGGAGGGUGUGCCUCUCAUUGUUGGGGACAUGGGGUGGUCAGAGUUGGGAACCAGAUCGCUCAAGUAUUCUGCAAAUUCUGGUUUCAAUACAAGCCAUGAUUUUCAACGACAAGCCAUACCACAACGAGCCUGGCUACGAAUAUCAUGAACCCGAGCAGUACAAAAAGCAAAUCGAGCAGUACAACAGACAAGUCGAGCAGAAAACUGUCGACCACGCCAUCCUUGGCUGGUUGACUGAGCGAUUGGCAAGCCCGCACUCCGCUGGGACGGCAAUUAGUCAAUCAGCUUCUAGAAUCUGCAGCCCUGCACCGCCCGCCCAGGGAACGGCCCAGGGAACCGUUGAUCUGACCAACCUUUCGGUCCCGGGUCCAACUCACUUACCUCACGGGGCGCCGUCUGGCGCCCAUGUGGCGAAGCCGCUGGCAUCUCAGCUCCAAGCGCAGCAUCUCACGACACAGUUCCAUGGCCAUCCAGCCGGUGCGACGAUAGUACAGACUCCUCUGGGGGGCUUCCCAUUCAACGAGUUCCAUCAUUACUUGACAAUACCGGGCCAACAGGUCAGCUCGACUUAUCCUCCUCCCAGCGGCACCGUGGCAGCGCUGCCAGCCCCUGAAUACCACGAGCCCCUGCCGGUAUCUCAACCACCUCCACCCAACACAACGGACAACCAGCCAGGUUCAGACGACAGCCUGCUAUUGGAAGUAUUCUCACCGUUUGAGUCGGCGGUUAUUGCGGGGCACAUUGAUUCGGGCGGCGCCAUCAUCCAGGACGCCAGCUUAUGGGUGGACAUGAUACUGACUGGGCCCGUAGCGGCCAACAUAGCGAAGCCUCAUCAAGCUCCUCAACCCCCGGCGACUUCUCGGCGAGUUCCUCAGUGUGACGACCCGAUCUGGGGCGACGUCAUACGCAAGCAUUUUGAGCUCAAGGGCAGGCUGAUUGUGGAGACAGUGAAGAAGUGGGAAAAUCAAGCCCUGGCAGCGAAAGGCGACGCCGCUUGUCAAACGACCCUGCUCACUUCCUUGGAAUCCAUGGCAGGCGCAGGCCUCAAAGUGAUGGCGGAGCUGGCCCGGCAUGGGUUUGUUCACUAGCAGAUCAGCCCGAAGGCCGGAUCCCGGAUAAGAGCACGCUCGGAGUCGUCUCCCCUGAAAGCGCUUGGGAAGAAGCACAUGGGCACCUAUCAGGGUAAUUCAAGGCCCUUAAAAUCUGGGUCGCCUGAACUGCCUGAAUUCCAGGAACCAUCGUCCCUGGAGUGGAUGGUGUCCCUAUGGGG